AGAGAAAGAUGGCGGCCUCGCGCUUCCCCACGCCGCUGUACGGACAUGUGGGCCGCGGCGCCUUCCGCGACGUGUACGAGCCCGCGGAGGACACGUUCCUGCUUCUGGACGCGCUGGAGGCGGCGGCAGCCGAACUCACGGGAGUGGAAAUAUGCCUUGAAGUAGGGUCAGGGUCUGGAGUGGUAUCUGCAUUCCUAGCCUCUAUGAUAGGUUCUCAAGCUUUGUACAUGUGCACUGAUGUCAACCCUGAGGCAGCAGCAUGUACCCUGGAGACAGCACGCUGUAACAAAGUCCACAUUCAACCAAUAAUUACAGAUUUGGUGGAAGGCUUGCUACCGAGAUUGAAGGAAAAAGUUGAUCUUCUGGUGUUUAAUCCUCCUUACGUAGUGACUCCAUCUGAAGAGAUAGGGAAUCACGGGAUAGAGGCAGCUUGGGCUGGUGGCAGAAAUGGUCGUGAAGUCAUGGACAGAUUCUUUCCACUGGCUCCAGAGCUCCUGUCACCAAGAGGACUGUUCUAUUUAGUCACCAUUAAAGAAAACAAGCCAGAAGAAAUUUUGAAAAUAAUGAAGACAAAAGGUCUACAAGGGACCACUGCACUUUCCAGGCAAGCAGGCCAAGAAAUCCUUUCAGUCCUCAAGUUUACCAAGUUGUAAUCUGCAGUGGGUGCUAUUUAAAGCUGAAUGCAUUUAGCAUAUUUUGAAACUGAAGUCCUGUCUUACUUAAUAAGUAAAAUUGUCAGAAAUUUGUCUUGUAGAAAAAGGCAGAAGAGUAGGGCAUUUCCUUUUACCCAGGAAUCAAGCCUACAGAAAUAUUUGCACAAAUGCAAGUAAAUAUAUAUAUUUACAUAUAUAUAUAAUAUGUGGAGAAUAUAUAAUAAAAAAGUUAUAUUUAAUUAUAUAUGAAGGGGUUCGUGAGGUACUGUUGAGUAGUGAAAAAAAGCAAGUUACAAAAUAUUGUUAACCUAUAUGUAUAUUUUUGAAAAACUAACAAAGAAGGUUUGUAUGUAUGUGUAUAUAAGAAAUUCUCAAAAGGUAAAUAACGGGAAUAGAGGAACUUUCAUUCUUUUGUGUUGGGAUUUGUACAGUGAUAAUGUAUUCUGUAAUUAAACCAAAUUUUUUA